AUGGGGAUUGAUGGGAGUAUCAACCCAAUGCUUCUGCAAGUGUAUGCCAAACUUACUGGUGAUAAGCCUCAUAUUCAGUGGAAUAAGGUGGUAUGGAAUAGGUUGAAUGUGCCAAAACAUAGGUUUAUAUGUUGGCUUGCUAUGCAGAAUAGAUUACAGACUACAACCAAGCUAGCAAAAAUUGGGGUUAGUACUUCUGCUGAUUGUUUAAUUUGCAAGCAAGCUGAUGAGAUUCAUGAGCAUCUGUUUUUCAGUUGUCAGUACAGCCAACUGUGCCUUCAAGGUCUUGCUACAUGGUUUGGUAUUCAUCUUACCAGUACAAGUUUGCAGAAUGGAAUCAGCAGUAUUAAAAGAGGAAGGUAUUCUAAAUUCAGAACUCAAGUAUGUUAUGCAGGGGUGGCAGCUCUGGUAUAUUUGAUUUGGAAAAGUAGAAAUCAAAGCUUCUGGGAAAAUUUUGUGCCAACAGUGCAUUCUGUUAUGGGGAGUUUGAAGCAAAUUGUUAAAGACAGAAUCACAACAGUCAUAAGUCAGAAAGUAAACAGAAGAGAUAGUGAAAAUGUGAAAAUGUAG